UUACGCAAGUCCGCGAUGCGUGCAUAGCUGAACGCAGUACGCUCUGCCUUCCUGUCUGCUUUGACGUGCACGGUUCCCCACUACACUCCGGAGCCAUGGAUGCCACCACACGGUCGCUCACGUACGACGCCACCCAAUCGUGGCUACCCCGCCGCGACGCGCGGUCCGAAGGCUGGCCGCUCACCGGAAGUCCCCUGCCCGUGGCCUUCAUCACGGCUUCCUACGUCUACUUCGUCAAGGUGGCCGGGCCGCGCUGGAUGUUGCACCGCAAGCCUUUCGACCUGAAGCUCUGCAUCCUCGCCUACAACUUUCUGACCACUCUGUUCAGCGCCUUCUUCGUCGUCCGCUUCGCCAAGCUCGCCUACUGGGACCUGGGCUACACCUUCCUGCAGGACCUGGACUUGGGCGUCACCCCGGCGAACCUCGAGAUCGUGCGCCUCUCCUGGUGGCUCUACAUGUUCAAGCUUGCCGAGCUGGCCGACACGGUGUUCUUCGUGCUCCGCAAGAAGAACGAGCAGGUGAGCGCGCUGCACGUCGUUCACCACCUGAUCGUCUCGUGGAACAUGUGGCUGGCGCUGACGUACGGCUCGCAGUCUCACAGCAUGUUUGUCGUGUGCCUCAACUCGUUCGUGCACGUCUUCAUGUACGCCUACUACUUCCUGGCUGCGCUCGGACCGUCCUUCCGUCAACUGCUGUGGUGGAAGAAGUACCUGACCAUGAUGCAGAUUGUGCAGUUCGUCCUGCUCUUCGCCCACGCCGUCGGCACGGUGCUCGCCACCGGUAACUACGUGCGUCUCUUCACCUGGCUCGAACUCGCCGAGGCCGUCCUGUUCUUCGUGUGGUUCGUCGCCUUCUACGCCAACGCGUACAAGAAUAACAAGAAGCAGUGAGUCCCGGCAUCGCGGACUCCUCUCACUUGGACUGCAAUGAGUGUUUGUUGGACCAUCUGCGGUAUUCGGACGUGUGCACAGUGGAAUGACGAGAGACUGUAAGCUUACGGUUCUGUUCUUAUUGCGCAACGAACCUUAUUCUUACUGAUUUGUCGCGAUACUUGCGAUCAUUUUUAAAUCUCAUUUCUCGAAACGAGCGAACGGCGUUCUGCGUACGCCAUUCAUACGUAGUUUCGUAUAUCUGUUCGGCUUUUAAAGCUCAUCCAAUCCUCAUUUGGCUUAGCAGAGUGCCUAAUUCAUCGAAGCUGGUGCUCAUUCAUUGUCGGCUCCAUUUUUACCGUCGCCAAGUUAGGUCACCUUUCUCUCAUAGGACAUCGUCACCUGGCCUUCCCGCGCUAUCAGACUUCCUCGAAUUUUUUUUUUUUCAUUUUUCGAAGCCUCGCCGAGCACCAUAAGAUUAUUUCAUACUUUUUUUUUACAUGAGAAGUAAGAUUAACGUUUGCGUGCGUGUCGUACUCUAGAACCAAAGGCCACGCUUUGCAGCUCUUUGCCGCUGACAAACUUGGACCGCCUUUGCCAAUGUUUGAAAAUGUGUCACUGACUCAAGCAGACAGUCUAAGCUCUGUUCACCUGCGCAUUGCACAGUACUGAUAUACCCACUUGGGCACAUUAUUCAUUGCAGCCAAAAGUUUGCCACAGUGAAAUGUGGCAACUCCCUUAUUUCUUUUUUUGCAUGUGACCACGAACUUUUUUUUGAAAAUAAAGUCUCAUAGUUCGGGUAUUUGUGACUGAU